AUGGGCAUCCCCGUUAAGGACCAGCCCGAUGCUGGGCUCAAGAGCCUCAAUCACUAUUCAAACCGACUACCCCUCUGGCGCUACUGGCCUCGACAGAAGCUACUACCAUUGAUCCGAUAUGAGACUCCUUAUCUUGCAUGGGCCCAGGAGAAAGUCCGUACGCCGACACUCGACUCGUACUUUGCGUUUACCGCGAACCUCGGUACCCACACGUUUUUCAUGGUCUUUUUGCCCUUCCUCUUCUGGUGUGGCCAUACUAGCUUAGGUCGUGGACUUGUACACAUCCUGGCCGCCGGUGUUUUCUUCAGCGGCUUCAUCAAAGACUUGCUAUGUCUUCCCCGGCCGCUCUCCCCACCCCUCCAGCGCAUUACCCAUUCCGGAUCUGCUGCUCUUGAAUACGGAUUCCCCUCGACACAUUCAACGAAUGCUGUCUCGUCGACAGUGAGCGCGCAAACGAGCUUGAUCCUUCAGAUUGUCACAUACCUCUACCUCACAUCGAUCGUUCUGGGUCGAUUGUAUUGUGGCAUGCAUGGAAUGUUGGAUGUUGUCGUGGGUUGCUUCUUGGGUGUAUUGAUUGGCUUGGCGCAGUUCAGUCUGGGCCCCGCAUUCGAUGACUAUAUCCUCGCGGCAAAUCUGAAAGAGAUUCUCGUCAUCCCAAUAGUAAUUCUGGUUCUUGUUCGCAUUCACCCGGAGCCGGUAGAUGAUUGUCCUUGUUAUGAUGACAGUGUCGCUUUUGCUGGCGUCACGCUUGGCGUGGAUGUUGGAUCCUGGUAUUUCACUGGGUCUAGCCUUGCCUGGGAUAAACCUCUACCUGGCACUAUUCCUUACGAUUACGAGACAAUUGGAAUCGCCAAAACAGUGCUUCGUCUCGUUGCUGGAGUUUUGUGUGUUUUUGCUUGGAGAGAGAUCACAAAGCCUACCUUGCUUCGCAUUCUUCCGCCUGUCUUUCGCAGCUUAGAGAAACUCGGUCUCCUCCUACCCCGGCGAUUUUUCACCACUGCUUCCCGCUAUACAACGGUUCCAUCUAAUCUGAAAGACAACGACGUCCUUCCCAACUUCUCCGAUAUCCCGUCCAUGAUGUCCACGAUUCGCCACCCUCGGCGUCGUGCCAUCUCUAUCGGUCCACAGUCUGAAGCCGAUGCAUAUGAGACGCUGGCAUAUAGGGAGAAGCGCCGACGUGAAAGCUUAUCUGGGGGCAGCCGCGAAUCUCCUACUGAUUCGAGUGUCAAGCCCAAUGGAACUCCUCUUCUAGCCAGGAAGGCUUCCAAGUUGGAUCAGUACGAGGGCAUGAUGGGCAGGGGUAGCCCCGGCUCGACCGCUGUGGAGGAAGAUAACAAUAUCCCCCGAUCGUCGCCACUCCCACCCCCCGAGUUCAAUACGUCCCGAACGGAUGAGAAGGAGGUCUUCUCUCAAAUCAAGAAGACCCGCGUGCGAUAUGACGUGGAGGUUGUGACCAAGCUGGUUGUAUAUGCAGGAAUCCCCUGGGUCGUGAUUAAUACCGCGCCCCUAGUAUUCGAGCUGUGUGGGCUCGGUGUCCCGAAUUAA